AUGGAGAAGCUGGUCAUGAAGCUGCAAAACUCGCAACAUCGCGGCGUUCGGGAGGAGGCCAUCACCUCCAUCGCGGUAAUAGCAGGCGUCAUGGAGAAGGACUUUGUCCAGUACUAUGACAGCAUCAUGCCAAUGUUGAAGAGUUUUGUGAUGACCGCCACCAGCAAGAAGGAGAACCGACUUCGUGGUAAGUCUUUCGAGUGCAUGUCGCUGCUUGGAAUCGCGGUGGGAAAGGAAAAGUUCCUCAAUGAUGCGCGGGAAGCCAUUGGGGCAAUGAUGAACACCCAGGUCGAGGCUGACGAUGUUCAGAGAGAGUACAUCAAGGAGGCCUCUGAGCGAAUCUGUACCUGCCUGAAGAAGGACUUCAAGCCUUUCUUGCAGCCGCUGCUGCCGGGAAUCUUCAGGAACCUUCGCCUGGACGACUUGCAUGAUCAGGCGCCAGCGUCGGGCGGAGCCGAUGAGGACGAAUAUGUGAAGGUCUCGACAGGCGACGGCAAGACAGUCCGAGUCCACACGGAGAAGUUCCACGACAUGAUGCAGUCCGUACAGCUUCUGCAUACCUUCGUGACGGAGAUGGAGUCAGGUUACUUCGAAGCCGUUCCUGACACGGCCCAGGUGCUUUUGCCUCUAUUGUCCGCCACGGAUGAUGCAUCCAUGCUUUGCGACGAGGUGCGCGGAACUGCUUUGCAGGUUUGGUCCCUGCUGAUCAAAGCGGCCAGGCUCGGAGCGCAGGAGAGAGGCCAGCCGAAUGCCAUGGCCAAGGAACUGCUGCAGAAGGGCCUGGAGGCUGCCUUCCACCAGUUGCAGACAUACCAGGACGCUGAGCAUCUGCAAGAGAUCUCCUCUGGUGUGGCCGAGUGCAUCAAGAAUGUUGGUCCUGGUGUCCUCGGUAGCGAUGAGGUCCAGAAGCUGACCGCCAGUAUCUUCACACUCCUGGACCAGUCUUUGCAGAGAAGUGCCCAACAUGCCAAGGAGCAAGCCAAAGAGAAACAUGAGGCGAGUGCUUUGCCGCAAGAGCUCCAUGCCGCCGAUGAAGACGAGGACGAGCACGACCUCACCGCAGAGGAGGACCAGCUUCGAAGAAACUACGAGGAGGUGUUGGGAGCCAUGAUGAAGGUCUCGCCCGAGCAGUUCCUUCCCUGCCUCUCCGGCUGCGCUGAGCGCAUCCAGCAGUGGGUAGCAACCAAGGAGAACAAGGUGUUGGGCCUAUACUUGGUUUGCGAUCUCCUUGAUCACUUGAAAGAGCACUCACAGAGUGCUUGGCCCAUCUUCAUGCCCAAGAUCUUCGAGUCGAUCCAUGACGAGGAUCCAGAUGCGAGGACUGCAGCAGCGUACGCGGUGAACCUGGCUGCGCCGCUUGCAAAGUUUGCAGAGGCGGCGCCUGAGGCCUUCAAAAGAGUUGCCAUGGUAGUCGGGAAGCCAAAGCCGAAGAAGCGAGAUGAGAAAGCGAAAAUAGCCAUGGACAAUGCAGUAGCUGCACUCCUGUCCUUGCUGAAGGACAAGGCCCAGCUGUGCCCUCCGGAUGUGCAGGCAGGGGACUUGAUCCUUUCAAAGCUACCCCUCCGAGAUGAUUGCGACGAGGCCAAAAAGGUUCACGACAAACUCAUCGACAUGGUCCUUGCUCAGAACCAGGGAAUUUUGGGGCAAGACAACCGAAAUCUGGGGAAAGUGCUGGCAUUCUUGGCUGAGAUCUACAAGCAAGAAGAAAUUUGCACCAAAGAGAGCGACGAAAAGGUUCUGAGAAUCUUCAAAUCGCUCCCACAGAACGUCCUCGUUGGUGCUGCCUCAAGCUUCAGCGAGAAGCAGCAGAAAAAGAUUGAAAAAAUGUUGAGCUCUUGA